CAGUUGGCCGUCCAACAAGAUCUAAGGACUCCAACGUACACUUGGCGGUUAGCGCCUUCUCUCUCUCUCUCUCUUCAAUUGUUGAUUCUUGGCUUUAUCCGUCACUCCCCACCCCCCAAACCAGUUAAAAAAGAGAAAUCAAGAAUUACCUAUCUUCCCUCAGCUAAUUUUUUUACUUUCAAAUAUUUUAGUUCGAUGAAUCCUAGGUAAAUUGUCUUCGUUCCCUUCCCCCAUUUGCAACCAUCAAUUAUAACUCCCAGAAAACAAAAAAAUAAAUUAAUCGGGGUUAGAUUUUUUUCCCCUCAACUGUGUGUGUGAUCAGUGAAUUAAUUCCCCAAUUUUGUAAUCCCACAAAAAAGAAAAAAAAUGGCUCUUCAUUGCACUGCCUUGAGCUUCUUCACCACCUCCGUUUCUUCAAACCCUCGAGCUUCCACGUCACCCCAUUGGUUCGGUGGGCCCACUUCGUUUCGCGGAAAAUGCAGUCUCAAAUCUUCACCCUCUUCUUCGCCGCCAUCUCCAAGAUUCAUGUUUCAAGGAGAAGCAUUAGGAAGUGGUAAUGGGGCGUUGGAUAGAGACGAAUCCUCUCUCGUGGUUUGCUUCGGCGAAAUGCUUAUUGAUUUUGUGCCGACCACUAGCGGACUUUCUCUGGCGGAAGCACCGGCUUUCAAGAAAGCUCCUGGCGGUGCUCCUGCAAACGUUGCUGUCGGCAUUGCUCGCCUUGGUGGUGCUUCGGCUUUCAUCGGCAAGGUGGGUGAAGAUGAAUUCGGUUACAUGUUAGCCGAUAUUCUAAAGGAGAACAACGUAAAUAACGAAGGGAUGAGGUUCGACACCGGGGCCCGCACCGCUUUAGCAUUCGUAACUCUCAGAAAAGACGGCGAGCGCGAGUUCAUGUUCUACCGCAAUCCUAGUGCUGACAUGUUACUCCAAGAAUCCGAACUCGACCUCGAACUAAUUAAGAAGGCGAAAAUAUUCCACUACGGUUCGAUAAGUCUAAUCACGGAGCCUUGUAAAUCGGCACACAUUGCCGCUGCAAAGGCUGCAAAAGAGGCUGGCGUUAUUCUUUCGUACGACCCAAAUUUGAGGCUUCCUUUGUGGCCUUCGGCUGAAAGUGCAAGACAAGGCAUUCUUAGUAUAUGGGAUACUGCUGAUAUAAUCAAGAUUAGUGAGGAGGAAAUAUGCUUUUUAACAAACGGGGAAGACCCGUUUGACGAUAAUGUGGUUCGAAAAUUGUACCACGAGAACCUUAAAUUGCUUCUCGUUACUGAAGGUCCGGAAGGCUGCAGAUAUUAUACCCAGGAGUUCAGUGGAAGAGUGAAGGGUCUGAAAGUGGAAGCAGUUGAUUCAACGGGUGCUGGAGAUGCUUUUGUGGCAGGAAUCUUGUCACAGCUAGCUUCGGAUACCUCGUUGCUUCCGGACGAGGAUCGGUUGAGAGAUGCUCUGGAAUUUGCUAAUGCUUGUGGUGCGUUGACUGUGACGGAAAGAGGUGCUAUUCCGGCUUUGCCGACUCGGGAAAUCGUGCUGAAUGCUAUGCUCAAGUCAGUGGCGUAGAAUUGUUUUCGUACUCACUUCUGUAUUAUAUUUUAGCCAAUGAUAUAUAGUAUCAUAAAAACGAUGAAUUCAUUCAUCCGAAACUGGAUCAUCCCAAUUUUUCAAGUAUGCGGGUGUAGUUCUAGAGAUUUCGAGCCAUUUCUUACAUAAACGAGCUGGAAAUUAUCGUAAAAAUUUCGAAUUUUCAUGUUGUGCUUUGCGUGAAUUGUAAGUUGUGACAUUUCAUGAAUAAUGUAUCUUACUUUUGAAUUAUUUUUUAUUCUAUUCUUUCGAAA